AUGAGACAUUUUGAGGUGUUAGCAAGUGGCUUAAAUCAGUUUGAAGUGGGGAGAACAGCAUACAUCUCCUACCUAAAUAGGGAUGUGGAAGCAUAUGUGGAUGUGAUGUUUACUACAACCACAUACAUGAAAAGUUACAAAUACAUAAUUGCAACCUUGAAUGGAAGUGACUUGUGGCCACAUACAGAAUAUAUCCCACCUUUGCCACCUAUUAAUAGGAGAAUGGCUGACAGGCCAGUGACUAAAAGAAAGAGGGGUGUUGUUGAAAGACUUGCUAGCCAUAAGGUAUCUAAGGCUGGAAAGAAAAUUAAGUGUAGCAUAUGCAGGGAGCCCGGUAACAACAAGGCCACUUUCCCUACAAAAGGACCAGAUCAUGUUAACACAAGGAAGAAAAAAAAACAAAAGGUUAGUGAAUGUGGCAAUAAUGGAGUAGGUGUCAAUCAAGUUAAUAAAGGAUGGAAGGAACAUGAGGAGGUGGAACUCCCUCCAAUUGAGGUACAAGUUACUGCAACUGAGAUGCCAGUUAAUCCAACUGAAGAAGGUGGUUUUAAUGCACAAUUUGGUCCAUUAGUGGUAGUGCACAAGUUCAAGUGA